GUGACUGAUGCCGGCAGGCGGCCGGCGGCAGCCCAGGCGUCGGCACGGCGGAGGAAAGCCGAGGACUCCAGCGAGAGCCGCGAGGAGGAGCCGAUGAACGACGGGCAGGACUUGGACGGCUGGUCUUCCAGAGGCCAACGGUCUGACCGAGCCACCACGCACCCCAAACUCAACCUGACCAAGCAGGCUUUGCCCUGGAACGAGCAGUACAAAGGGAAGGCAAACCUGCACGUCUUCGAAGACUGGUGCGGGGGGGCCGUCAGGCACCUGAGGAAGAACCUCCAUUUUCCGCUCUUUCCCCACACCCGCACCACAGUGAAGAAGCUGGCUGUGUCGCCCAAGUGGAAGAACUAUGGCCUGAGGAUUUUUGGCUACAUCCACCCUUUCAAGGAUGGGGAUUUCCAGUUUUCCGUGGCAUCGGAUGACAAUUCCGAGUUCUGGCUCAGCUCCGACGACAGUCCGUCCAACUCCCGGCUGGCUGCGUUCGUGGGCAAGCUGGGUACUGAGUGGACGGCGCCGGGGGAGUUCACCAAAUUCAGCUCACAGGUCUCCAAGCCUCUACGCCUCAUGUCCUCCAGACGCUACUACUUCGAGCUGCUCCACAAACAAGACGACCGAGGUUCAGACCACGUGGAAGUUGGUUGGCGAGUUUUCCUCCCCAGCUUGAAGUUCGAAGUGAUCGACUCCUCCUACAUCUCUCUGUACACAGACGAAUCGUCCCUGAAGAUGAACCACGUGGAGCACAUCCCGCAGACCUUGGCCAGCCACAGCGGGAGCUACCUCUGGGAGGCGCAGCAAGACGAGCACGGGGCUGACAUGCUGAAGUCUGACCCCAGGGACACCUUCUUCCUCACCCCUGCGAUCGAGGCCUCCCGAGUGGAGAACGUGCUAGUGCCCUGUGCCUACAGCCCCACCUACGUGGUGAAGGACUUCCCCAUCGCCCGCUACCAGGGCCUGCAAUUUGUCUACCUCUCGUUCGUGUACCCCAACGACUUCACACGCCUCACUCACAUGGAGACAGAGAACAAAUGCUUCUACAGGGAGUCCCCCCUCUACCUGGAGAAGUUUGGUUUUUAUAAGUACAUGAAGAUGGAUGAAGAGGAGGAGGAUCCACGCCAGCGAGCGUUUCUCUUCCUCAACCCAGACAAUUUCCUUGAGGAGGAGGAGGAGGAAGGAGUGGACAGCCCUGAGCCCACAGACCCACCUCCCAAAGCCAAGGAGAAGAGCUUGGGGCCGGCACCGGGAGCCAAAGGGAAGGAGGCCCCGCCGGUCACUGGGGAUUAUGGAGACGAGCUGGACUAUUACAGCUUUCACCGCAGGCAGGGUCCGGCCCAGGCCGAGGCGGGCACGCCUGGGCAGCCGGGAAGGUGGAGCACGUCCCACCAGGCCAGCACCAGCCCGGCGGCCGUCCCUGAGGACCCCCGCGUUGAGGAGGACCUGGGCCCCGCACCGGAGCAGGUCCGUGGGCGGAUGCUCAGUUGGUUACCCCAGGACCCCAGUGAGGGUGAGGAGGAUGACCUGGGGCUGCUGACCUCUUCGAAGCACGCCGGGCCCCUGAGCCUCCAGCCCCACCUCUCUGUUCCCAUCUUUGGUGGCAAAGCCAAAACGCCGGGUCCCAGCAAGGCUGCAGCACCCAGGGAGGACAAAAAGCCCCGGAAAGCCCAGGAGAAGGUCUACGUGACCAGGCUGCAGCCGGGGAAGCGCAAAGCCCCAGCUCAGGAGCUGCCCUUCCCUGGCAUCUUCCUUUACCCAAAGCCACUGAAGAAAGUGCGCCUUCGCUCCAGGACCCCUCAGAAACAUCCCAUCGCCUCCAGCAAGCUCCGUGCCGUCGCUGGCCGCCGGACCCCCUGGAGGUGGGAACGGCCAUCCAAGCUGGGGACCGAGCGGCAGGCGCUGCCCAGCCUCCUCACUCUGGGGACCGAAGGGCUCUUCAGUCAGGAGACCCAUGAGGACACGACCCGUGCCCUGGGCAGGACGGCGGCCACCGCUGGUUACAACUCCUCCGAGGCGACCCGCUCAGAGGGGACGCGGGUGACAUCCUUUCUGAAGAUGUCAGAAACGACGGCGUCCCAGCAGGAGGAGGGAAAGGGCCAGGAGGAAGAGGAGGAGGAGGAGGAGGAAGAGGUGUCGGACUACAGCUACGAGACCGGGGACCUGCAGCAGAGCUGGCUGGAGGACUCCAUCAACUGGCAGAGGACGUUCAGCGUCAGCUCGGUGGACUUCGAGCUCCUGCGCUCCGACUGGAACGACCUGCGCUGCAACGUGUCGGGCAACCUGCAGCUGAGCGAGAGCGAGGUCGUCGACGUGGUGGCGCAGUACAUGGAGAAGCUCAACGAGAAGAACGGAGGCAUCUACACCCUCCUGCGGAUCGUCAACGUGGAGAAGCGCCGGGACACGGCCCGGGGGAACCGCUACCUGCUGGAGCUGGAGCUGGCGGAGCGGGGCCAGCGGACGGUGCGGCUCUCCGAGUACGUCUACGUCCUCCUGCACCAGGGCAAGCAGGAUGACAGCGCCGAGGCCAAGCCCGAAGGUCUGGCCCUGGGGGCCACCGAGCCCCAGCCGAGCACCUGGAGCAUCCUGUAUGGAAAACCCAUCCUGUGCCGGCCCCUGCGGCUCAGCUGGAAGCAGGACGUCAUGGUGCACUUCGUGGUACCCGUGAAGAACCAAGCCCGCUGGGUCCAGCAGUUCAUCUCGGACAUGGCCCACCUGUACGGGGCUACGAAGGACGCCAACUUCAAUGUCAUCCUGGUGGACUUCGACAGCGACGACAUGGACGUCGAGAAAGCCCUACGGGACGCCCGACUGCCCCGCUACCAGUACCUGCGGCGCACGGGGAACUUUGAGCGCUCGGCCGGGCUGCAGGCUGGCGUGGACACGGUCGAGGACGGGCACAGCAUCGUGUUCCUCUGUGACCUGCACAUCCAUUUCCCGCCCAACAUCCUGGACAGCAUCCGCAAGCACUGCGUGGAGGGGAAGCUGGCCUAUGCGCCCAUCGUCAUGAGGCUGAGCUGCGGCAGCUCCCCGCGGGAGCCCAACG